AUGUACAUUGUUGGUGGAAAAAUAUGGAUGAAUACUGAAUAUUUUAAUAAAGAUACUUUAAGUAUACUACAAGAUGUUAAGGCAGAAAGUGAACAGAUUAAUUUAAAAGUUGUUGGUCAGGAUGGUAGUGUCGUCCAUUUUAAAAUCAAAAAGCAUACACCUUUUAGGAAAUUAAUGACUACAUAUUGUGAUAGAGCAGGUCUUAACAUACAAAACGUGAGGUUCCGUUUUGAUGGGCAACCUAUCAGUGAAUUAGAUACCCCUUCUGGGUUAGAAAUGGAGGAUGAAGACACCAUUGAUGUAUUUCAACAACAGACUGGUGGCAUUCUUUUAAACAUUAAAGAAUAAUGAUAUGUACAGUUAUCAACUGAAGCAUCUUAAAAAACUUGAUAAUUUGGUGUAUGUUAUUAUUCACUACAGUAAUACCAAAUUCUUUUCUUUAAAAUUGUAAGUAGAUUAUAUUUUAAAAAUAGAAUGUUAUUUUUUUUAAUGAGGAUGAAGUUUUGAUUAAAAUAUUAAUUUUAUAAAUGUUUGAAAGUUGUAUUUAAUAAAAAUUUAGAUCAAUUACUAUAUUCCAAAUCAGUUACUUCCUUUGUCUUUGAAGUAAUCUACGUGAA